AUACAGCUCAGCUUGUACUUUGGAACAAUUGGUGAACCUUGCUGCUUGCACAAUCUUCUAGCAAAGGUUAUGCAGUGCCUGAACAUGAUCAUGGCAGAAUCACCAGGCCUCAUCACCAUCUGCCUUUUAGGAUAUCUCCUCAGUGCUGAAUGUGCAGUUUUUCUUGAUCGUGAAAAUGCCACCAAAAUUCUGAAUCGGCCAAAGAGAUAUAAUUCAGGUAGAUUGGAAGAAUUUGUUCGAGGGAACCUGGAGAGAGAAUGUAUGGAAGAAAAAUGUGAUUUUGAAGAAGCACGAGAAGUUUUUGAAAACACUGAAAAAACUACUGAAUUUUGGAAGCAAUAUGUUGAUGGAGACCAGUGUGAGUCCAAUCCAUGUUUAAAUGGUGGCAUGUGCAAGGAUGACAUUAACGCCUACGAAUGUUGGUGUCAAGCUGGAUUUGAAGGAAAGAACUGUGAAUUAGAUGCAACGUGCAACAUUAAGAAUGGCAGGUGCAAGCAGUUUUGUAAAAAGGUCACUGGUAACAAGGUGCUUUGUUCCUGUACAGCGGGAUAUCGACUAGCAGAAGACAAACAGUCCUGUGAACCAGCAGUGCCAUUCCCAUGUGGGAGAAUUUCUGUUGCACUCAAUUCUAAGAAGUUCACCCGUGCUCAGACUAUUUAUUCCAAUGGGGACUAUGAUAAUUCUACUGAAGAUGAAAAAUUUUGGAAUAACAUGACUCAAAACACCCAACCAAUUAACGACUUCACUCGAGUUGUUGGUGGAGAAGAUGCCGAACCAGGUCAAUUCCCUUGGCAGGUAAUUCUGAAUGGCAAAGUUGACACAUUAUGUGGAGGUUCCAUCAUUAAUGAGAAAUGGGUCGUAACCGCAGCCCACUGUAUCAAACCUGGUGAUACAAUUACUGUUAUCGCAGGUAAACAUAACAUUGAGGUGAAGGAAGAAACAGAGCAAAAGCGAAAUGUGGUUCGCAUUCUUCUUCACCACAACUACAACGCAAGUAUUAACAAGUACAGCCAUGACAUUGCCCUUCUGAAACUGGAUAAGCCCUUAAUGCUAAACAGCUAUGUAACACCUAUUUGCGUUGCUGACAAGAAAUACACGAACAUCUUCCUCAAAUUUGGGUCUGGCACAGUGAGCGGCUGGGGGAGACUCUUCAACCGUGGGAGAUCAGCUUCAGUUCUUCAGUACCUUAACGUUCCAUUUGUUGACCAAGCCACAUGUGUUGACUCCACAAAGGUCACCAUCCUUAAUAACAUGUUCUGUGCUGGCUUUCAUGAGGGAGGGAAAGAUUCAUGCCAAGGAGAUAGUGGGGGUCCCCAUGUUACUGAAGUGGAAGGAAUCAGUUUCUUAACUGGAAUUAUUAGCUGGGGUGAAGGGUGUGCAGUGAAAGGAAAAUAUGGAAUAUAUACCAAGGUUUCCCAGUAUGUCAACUGGAUUAAGGAAAAAACAAAGCUCACUUGAAGAAAAAUGUAUUUCUAAGGUUGAUAUAUUUGGGAUUGAAAAUGAACAAGGUCUUUUACUUACUAAUCACUUUUCUAUCUCAUCAGAGUUGAAUAGAUACAUUCUAUGAAUAUUGCUUUUUCACUUUAUGGUAGAAGUCUAUCUAGAAUUGAUAUUUUACUAGAACAAGUGGACUAGAAAAUGUAAUCACUUGAGAAAUGCAGGGUCUGGCAAAAGUAAGGCCUGCUUGAGUGUGGUUGAUAAGGUAAUAAUAUGGGCAUAAUAAUUUAUAGUUUUAAUUUGAAUAUUUCACCUAAAAAAUCCUAUGGUGUGCUUGAGUGUAAUCUUGUCAUGUUACAGAAUUACACACUUAUGAUUUUGUAAUAAAAGAUUUUGUAAUAAUAAAGGGGUGCUAUUUGUGCCAGACCUGAAUACUGUGGUAAGAAUUUGUGACCAUGACAAAAUUGUGAAGUUAACUUCGUUAUCCUGCCCAUCUGGCAUUAUGUUUCUCCAUUGAGGCAGUUUCCUGGUUCUCCCUCCUUAGAAGCAUUCCAUGUUUCAGGUCUUUCUUACCUCUUCCACCAAAACACCAAAAUGUAUUAGAAAUGAAUCCAGGAUAGUUGGUCUAGUCCAACACAAGUCCAGCACCACACUCAUAAAGGAAGAAUACUGGAGCAGAUGACAGGUUAAAUCUCAAUAGAAUCACUACUUUUUCUGUACCCUUAUUUUUGCAUCCUUUAUGUUUUCCAACUUCUAAUCUCCAAAUCAGUCUUUCUCUCUCCCUCUCUCCCCUUUCCCAGACACGUAGAGGAGGGAAGGGGAGCAUCAUACUGUUUUACUGGUAUGCACAAUUAUAUAUGUCUACCAAAGCCAGACUUGCCUUCAGUUUAGUCUUGGACUUGCAUAUCUGAACAUAGGGAUUAAGUAAAUCCUAGAGAACUUGGGUGAAAGUUCUUCUCAGAGUGUCACAUUAUUUUUUUUAAAGAUUUUAUUUAUUUAUUUUUAGAGAGGGGGAAGGGAGGGAGAGAGGGGGAGAAACAGUAGUGUGUGGUUGCCUCUCGCGCGCCCCCUACAGGGAAGCUGGCCCACAACCCAGGCAUGUGCCCUGACUGGGAAUCAAACCAGCAAUCCUUUGUUUCUCAGGCCAGAGCUCAAUCCACUGAGCCACACGAGCCAGGGCAACAGUAUUAAAAUACAUACAUAAUGGAAGGAAUGCCUUAUCAGAAUAGUUCCCUAAGAGCUUGUCAUUGUGUUAUUAUGGAGGUCUGACCAGAAAUGGCUCUAUAAAGGCAAACUGACAUGGCAUUGUAACUAAGAAAGCUGAAAAAAUGUUAGCAGAAAGAGCAGUUUGCAAUCUAAGACUAGUGAAGUCUGCAAGGAAGAAUUCAUCAGUGUGUCUCCAGUACCAACCAGGGCUAAGGAAGAAGUUGCCCAGACCAGAUAACAUGAGCAUCAUGUCCCCCUAACUGGUGUAUCCCCAACAGUGGAAAAGGGUGCACCAGGCUCACAGACAUGAGUCAUUCCAAUGAGCCAACUAACUCCCCCUUUUCUGGCUUCAUCCCCACCAAGCAACUUUUUUUAUUAUACAUAGGCCUUCUAUAUUGGGUUUCCUAUAGGGUUGCUGGCCAGUCAACACAUGUACUUCAAUCGGUUAGACAGAGUAUCUCCCUUUUUGAAUUAAUAAACUGGUGUUCUGGUUCAUAAAUCGGCUUUCUGACUAUGGUUGAUAUGAACCAGUCACCCCAGCCAGACCUUACUAUUGUUGAUUUCUUUCAAGUUAUUCCAGUUAAUACUUUAGUUUUUUUCAAACAUAAGUGUCAAUAAAUGUAUUCUUCAAUUUCUCAAAAAGUGGUUCUUGUUGAGUCACUCACAGAAAAGGAUCCCAAACACUACAUUCAGCCAAACAAUCAGAAGAAUGUGUCCAAAAGCAAUACAACACAUCAGAGUUUUGAUGCUCGGUUACCACUGAGUUUUCAUUUGAGGCAGUGUGGAUCCCCCUGGGACAGAACUGAGUUUAAAUAGCUGCAAAUAUGGUCUUGCAUAAGUCACUCUACAUUUUGGGCUUUGAUCUCUUCAUUUGUAUAAUGAGUUUGACAGAAUUCUCUCCAAAAGCCCUUGUUGAUCUUGAUAAUCUGUGCUUACAUUCCUUCAUUUAAAAAAUAUUCAGGGAGGGAUUACUGUGUGCCACGCAUCAAUAGUGUUCAUUAAAUUUGAAUCCAUAUUUAUAUAUUUUGUGAGUUAAGUAAUUAUGUAAAUUGCCUUGUCAGUGCCGAGUACAUUACUACCCAGUAGAUGCUCAAUAAAUGUUAGCUGAGUCUGAAUCUAUGUUUAUUACAGAGAAGGAACAAUUAUUGUGUCAUGAAAAGAGGCCAUACCUAAAUAAUGAGUGGGAUUGAGGUUUAAUUUUUUUUAAAUCAGUUCUGCUAUUUUUGGCUAAAGAAGGGAGAGAGAGGGGGAAGACACUGGAAUUGUCCACCUUAUGUUGAAGGAGGAUACUAAUUCAUGCAUGGAAACAUGUUAUUUCAAAUUUUAAUGACUAAGGGUCUGUAGACCCAGUGCUUGACAAUUGGUAAAAGUGAGGAGUCACUCUGGCCUUGUUGCCAUGGGGACCAUCCCUCACAAAGGCAGCAGUGGGAGCUUGGCCUUAUACCUUCUGUGAUUGGUCUUGCCUGUCACAGAAGGAGGUGGUCUAGGGCCCAUAAAUCUCUAAGACACAGUUAUCCUUUUUGCCAUGAGCUCGAAAAUGACUGAACUAAUCAUGAGCCACCUGUAGCAUGUUGCCAUCAUUAAACUUGUGGGUCCCUUAAGCUCACCUAAAGGCCAGCGUCUUCAGAGCCAUGCCCCGCUAGAUUCUACCUAGAACAUUUGCAGUCAGCAUAAAAGAAUCAUUAGUGCUUUCAAAAUCGCUGUAGCUUCUUAACCUAAAUGGGCUGAAACAUACAUGCUGCUGCAAUACUGGAAGCAACAGAUUAAAAUAGAGCUCUUGCUGAGUGAAGGAAAGUGUGUUAAUGAGCGCAGUCAUUUUAACUUGUUUUAAGUAUAACUGUUUUUGGUUCUUUUUGAAUAUUAGAUGCUUCAUGCUGACAGGAACUAAGUAUGGUCCAAUUUUCUCUGCCAAGGGAAAAAGAAUGGGUUUUUACCCCUACUCACCUGAACCGUGACUGACCAGAUCACAAAACUGCUUCAUAAUCAUUCUGCAACAAUUUCUGAAUGCAAUCUAACAACAUCCAAUCUAAGAAUGUCAGAGCUGCAAAGGCCCAUAGACACUAUCCAAACCACUCAGCCCAUUUAACAGAUGAAGAAAUUAAGACCAACAUAAGGCUAGGCCCAAAGUAAUAGUGGCAGAGCCAAAACUAGAAGUCAGGUCUCCCACUAAAUACUAUGGAAGCAUAGUGCUUUCCACUGGAGCACUGUCUAUAUUUUUAGAGCAGCUGGGGAAUUCUGCACUGGUUGCAAUCCUUUCAGCAAACUUGGGAAUAAAACUGCCUGGAAUUCAUACUAGUGAUACUUGACAAGUGACUAAAUCAUGAAGAUGAACAGAUAGCCUGAAAAGCAGAGUGGCAGUCAA